UUUAAAUGAGUAAAAGUCCUAAACGGUUCAGUAACGAUUUGUAAUUCGCGUAUUUCCGUGUUCCCGUUAGCUCAACUCACUUUAGCUUAGCUUCCCUAGCUUACAGCUCAAGCAGGAGCAGCUUAGACAAGCGGCGAAAAAGAUGCUGAGCCAGCAGCUAAUCACAAUAAUGUCGAUCCAAAACAACAGUAAAAACGCUCUAUUUUACUAGCGAUCAUUUCAGGAGACAACAGACGGUUAGAAACAUUACCUAUAAUAUGAAAUCAAGCCGCAUGGUUUACCAUCCUGAGUUUAAAAAGGCCGGGCAGGAGCCUGGUCUACAGGUAUGGAGGAUUGAGAAAAUGGACUUGGUGGCAGUCCCGUUUAACCUCUAUGGGAGCUUCUAUACAGGAGAUACUUACAUUGUCCUUAACACCAUUAAGCAACGUUUAGGACAUUUGCAAUAUGAUCUCCACUUUUGGCAAGGUGAUGCCUGCACAAUAGAUGAAGGUGCUGCAGCUGCCAUUUUUACUGUCCAAAUGGAUGAUUAUCUUGGGGGAACACCUGUUCAGUAUCGAGAGGUCCAGGGUCAUGAGUCAAGAACAUUUGUAGGCUACUUCAAAUCAGGGCUCAAGUAUAUGCAAGGUGGCGUGGCCUCAGGGUUUAGACACGUGGCCUCUACUGACAGAAAAGUUAAAAGAGUUCUCCAUAUUACUGGCAGACGAACAGUGAGGGCAACUGAGGUUCCUGUGACCUGGGACAGCUUUAACCAUGGAGAUUGCUUCAUUCUAGACCUUGGAGAGGAACUUUACCAGUGGUGUGGCAGCCAGAGCAAUCAUUUUGAGAGGUUAAAGGCUACUAACAUUUCUAAAGGGAUCUGUGAUAACGAGCGACAUGGAAGGUCAAGGGUAUACAUAUGUGAAGAGGGGUCUGAGCCUUACAGAAUGCUGGAGAUUCUUGGUCCAAAACCUGAGCUUCCUAAUACAGGCUGUGAUGACUCAGAGGCUGAUGCAUCAAAUAGAAAGCUAGCCAAGUUAUACAAGGUGUCCAAUGCUAGUGGAGACAUGUCGCUUACUUUGGUGGCAGAAGAAAACCCCUUCAUUCAGAGUGCACUAGAGUCGACUGACUGCUUUAUAUUGGACCAUGGCUCCAAUGGCAAGAUCUUUGUCUGGAAAGGUAAAGAGGCCAGUCCUGAAGAAAAAAGUGCAGGAUUGAAGAUAGCAGAGGAGUUUAUCCAGACGAUUAAUUACCCACAACACACCCAAGUUCAAAUCCUGCCUGAGAAGGGGGAGACUCCUAUUUUUAAACAAUUUUUCAGAGUCUGGCAUGAUGAGGCACAGACAAAGGGGAUGGAAAGAGCUUAUGUGUCCAACAAGAUUGCCAAAAUUAAGAAAGUCCCCUUUGACCCUUCUACACUACAUACCUCGAGUGCAAUGGCUGCUCAGCAUGGGAUGGUGGACAAAGGAACUGGAGAAAGAAAGAUUUGGCGCAUUGAAGGAUCAGACAAAGUGGAGAUUGAUCCCUCUACCUAUGGACAGUUCUAUGGAGGAGACAGUUACAUCAUCCUGUACAACUACCAGCACGACGGGCGUCAAGGCCAGAUUAUUUACAUUUGGCAAGGAGAAGAUUCCAGCCAAGAUGAAAAAGGAGCUUCCUCAAUUUUAGCUGCUCAGCUGGAUGAGGAGCUGGGUGGAAGAGCAGUGCAGGUGCGAGUGAGUCAAGGCAAGGAGCCUGUUCACCUUAUGAGUCUUUUUGGGGACCAGCCAAUGGUGGUUUACAAGGGUGGAACUUCUAGACAUGGGGGCCAGACAGAGACAGCAAAAAUUCGCCUCUUCCAAGUGAGGUCUAGCACUGCAGGUCAUACACGAGCUAUUGAGGUUGAUCCAUUGGCUUCAAACCUCAACUCUAAUGAUGCGUUUGUUUUGGUAAAUCCAUCUGGCUCAGUACUGUGGCUGGGUCAAGGCAGUGAUGAUGUUGAGAAGCAUGGAGCUAAACAGCUUAGGGAAGUCCUAGGAGUGGAUGUUUCUGAAGUAAAAGAGGGUGCAGAAGAUGGUAUCUUCUGGGAAGCUCUUGGAGGCAAAAUGGAUUAUCGCACCUCUGCAAGACUGAAGAGCAAAAUGGACUCUCAUCCCCCUCGUCUGUUUGCUUGCUCAAACAAAACAGGACAGUUUCGUAUCGAGGAGGUACCAGGAGAGAUGACUCAAGACGAUCUAGCACCUGAUGAUGUCAUGCUUCUGGACACUUGGAAUGAGGUCUUUGUCUGGAUUGGAAAAGAGGCCAAUGAAGAAGAGAAAUGUGAGGCCAUGACAUCAGCUGCUAGGUACAUUGAGACUCAUCCUGCCAUCAGGGACAAGGGGACUCCAGUUGUGAAGAUACUACAGGGUUUUGAGCCUCCAACAUUCACUGGAUGGUUUCUGGGAUGGGACCAUGACUACUGGAGCUCAGACCCCCUGCAGCGAGCUCUGGCUGCUCUGUAGCCCCAUAAAGGCAGCAACAGUUAAAAGUCUUCACUUUAGUCAGGUUUAAUUUCAGUAUCAAAUGUAGAAGAAAAAGCAAAACCAACUUUGUUGUUUGAAUGUAAAAGACAGCUUAAAAUAUUCCACUAAUCUUCAGCUAUAUCUGUAAAUGAUUUGACUAUUUUCCCUAAACUGAGAAAAGAAUGAUGACCCAUUUACCAGAAACUAACAUACAGCUGAGGUCUUAGGGCAGUUGUUGGGGCAGUAAAAUAUCAAUAAAGAGAUGAAUAAUGGGAUGAUUUUGUAGUAAAGCUUUUAUGACUUCCACACUUAAACAUAUUUGUAAAUGAAAUGCUGAAAUGAUCCAGUAUACCAAGGACGGAUAGAACUACCGAUAUAUUUCAUUGGCUGAAUGUUAAAUAUUUCAUUACCUUUUACAAUAAUUUUAAUAUAACAAAAAUUAUGUAUAAAAGAAGGUUAGCUAGAUUCAGCCAACAACUUUUCACUCAUUUGUUUUACUUAACCUGAACAGUACAACAAACUUUUAGUAAAUUACCAAAUACCAAUUUUUAUUUUUCUAAAUCCAAAUAGGUUUAAAUUUACUUUUACUAAUUUGCCCGAACUGCCUUUACACAAUUAUAAAUUUAUUUAGAUUUUCUUCCUGACACAGUUACAAUGGGUGGAUACACAGCUGAUGGAUGUUGGAAUAUUCUAAACUGCACAAACACAUCAACUACUGAUACAUUUGUGAAAAUGUAGUAAACACAUUAAAACAAAAGAUCUGAA